AUGUACUGGUGUUUUUUUAUAGUGGGGGUUAUCUUUAUGUUUAUGAGCGUGAAUGCAGUGCAUUUACUGGUUUAUGACUCUCUUAAUCCAAAGGAAACAUUAUAUCCGUUUCUUGUAAUUCCUCCGGGGAAAAGUUGUUCUGAUUACGGCGAAUCUUUGUAUCCAUAUAGUCGAGUAAAUAAAAAUGUCCAGGAUAUAGUUUAUGGACGGUUAAAAUGUUAUUAUAAUACAUACAACUCUAAAUAUUCAUAUUUCUAUAUCGCUCGCGAUGAAUUGAGUGAUUAUAAAGAAGGAGAAGAUUAUUAUGUAUAUGAGUGUUGUGAUGAGGGCAACUGUUGUGAAGAGGAUGAAGAAAAUUGUUGUGAAUCAAAAGACACCUGCCCAGACACCGAUUGCUGUACAGGAGAAAAAUGCCCGUCAGAAGAUGAAGAUGUUGUCAAGUGUAUGUUGUUUAGUAUCACUGAUGGGAAGCUUACAGAAGGUCUUUGUGGUCAGCAAUAUCCAUCAAUUUGCACAAAUUCCGGACAUAGACGUACACACGAUACCCAUGUACCGAAAGAUAAGUUUCCGAUAACUAUUAAUACGGGAUACGGCACUGUUACAGGCACACGUUCUGAUAUAUCUUUCUUAUUUCUUGGAAUACCCUACGCAGAACCUCCAGUCGGAAAAUUACGAUUCGAAUAUCCAUCUCCUAUUAAAAAGCUUACUGAGAGUUGGGAUGCAACACAUUAUCGGUCUUAUUGCCCACAGGAUAGUAAUAGUGUCAAAAAUCCGAUCCUAAAUGAAGAUUGUCUCUAUCUUAAUGUUUAUACUCCAUUUAUUCCGGAAGAUGGCGAUUCUUCUGAUCUUCGUCUACCUGUUAUGGUCUGGAUUCAUGGAGGAUCAUUUUUGCGUGGUGAUGUAUCACAGCCUUAUCAUGAUCCUAGUCAUCUUGUUGCUUCUCAGAAUGUUGUUGCCGUUACUUUUAAUUAUCGGCUUGGUAUACUUGGUUUCUGGGGUGCUAGAAAUCAAGCAAUUAGAGAUCAAAUUACAGUACUUCAAUGGGUUAAAGAAAAUAUAAGGGAUUUUGGAGGAGAUCCUGAUAAAGUUACAAUUGCUGGUGAAUCUGCUGGGGGGCAUUCUGUUAGAACACUUUUAGUAGUUAGUCAAGCAAAAGAAUUAUUCCAGGGGGCUGUUUCAGCAUCUGAUCCAAUCGGUUUAGAUUUUGCAACUAAGUAUGAUGCAGAGAAUUUUUUGACACGUAAUCUUGCAGAUGCUUUUAGUUGUAUUUCGUCUACCACUCAGAGUAUAUAUGAUCCUGCUGUUUUAGACUGUAUGCGUAAAGUGGAUGUUAGUACUCUUAUCAACUACCAAGAAAUUGGUGGUAUUUUUACUUCUUUUCAAACUUCCAGUAUUACAGCAGCUGAAACUUUUAAACCAGUUAUAGAUAACGAACUAUUAAAGGACACAUUUUUCGGUUUAGUAAAUAAAGGUCAUAUAAAUAAUGUUCCUAUAGUGUAUGGAUCUCUUAGGGAUGAAGGUCAUUUUUUCGUCCCUUAUUACUUGGAUACUCCUGCACCAUCUGGAAUGUUUAGUCUAGUUCUCUCUCUUAUGACUUCUUUUCAGCAAGCGGCUCUUAUUAAAGAAAGCGGAUUAUAUGAUCAUUAUAAGGAUGUAGCUAAAGAUGGUACUAGAAAUGCAAUUGCAGACGUUAUAACUCCUAUUUCUAAAAUGUCGAAACAUACUAAAGUAUAUGGAUAUUAUUAUAAUUAUAGUCAUUAUUGGCUUCAUGGUAAAAGUUCUUUCUGCUAUGGUCGUGUAUGCCAUGCUGAUGAUAUUGUCACUCUCCUUGGAUCAUCUGCUAUUCCAGGGAUCGAAAAUACAUAUGACAAUAUUGAGACGCCUAGAACAUCUAAUGAUUUGUUAUUUCUCAAUAUGCUUCUUCAACAUCUUGGGUCGUUUCUUCACACACAUGAUCCUAAUCCGAACAUUAAUACUAUUUGUUAUAAUAAGGAUAUUUUUGAUAAAAAAAGUCCUAGUAGGCAAGCAGCAGACUGGCCGCCUUUUUCAAUUGACAAUAGUCUUGAUCCAGUACCAAAGGCACCUAAUGGUGUCGAGAAUGGGAAAGUAUAUGGGCCUUUACUUAUAUUCGAUUUGCCUGAAACACAAUACAUUCCUUAUGGCUGCAAUAAAACAAUAUGUGAUUUUUGGUUUGGUCAAGGAAUUCAUGCUCAAAUGUAUACUACAAGUAAAAGUCAAAUAUUAGGAUUUAAGAGAAAAAUGUUACAAUAUCAUAGAUCUUUGAAAUUUUAG